UGAGGUGAACCGAAAGAAUUGUUCGGUGGUUUAAAAUAUUUCUUGGGAAAAAUAAUGGAGAACUACAUUUGUUCAUAUAUUCGCUAUAAUAUUACUACAUGUGUUUGGUAUUAAAAAUAUUAAUGAAUAUAUAGUAUAAAAAUUGAUGAACUACAACUGUAGCCAUGAAAGUUGAUGCAAGUAAACUAAAAAAGAGUUCAUCUGAGCUUACACCUGAAUGCAGGUUGUUAAUUGAUCAGUUAACCAAGUGUCGUUGCAAAGGUGAUCUUUCGCGUUUCCUUGAAACAAUAAAUGUUUGGACAUAUGGAAAGUGUGAACUCUACCAUUGGACUCAUAUUUUGGAUCGCUUUGAUAAAAUUUUGGAGGAAGGUGCGAGGCAGGUAGAUGACAAUGAAUUCAUGUUAUAUUGCGACCUAAAAUUUUCACAAGAGGAUGUUCGCUUGUUACUCCUCGUUUUAAACUUCACUACGCUUUUAAUUGAACAUUCUUUUUCGCGGCAUCUGUACAAUUCGGUUGAACAUUUGACUCAAUUGCUGUCUUCUCAGAAUAUGGAUAUUGUGUUGGCAGUUUUAAACUUGCUCUACAUGUUUUCUAAAAGAAGCAAUUUCAUACCACGUCUAUCACUGGAGAAAAAGGAUAUGCUUUUAACGAAGCUCUAUAACAUAGCUGAGCGUUGGGGAGAUCCAAAUUAUGGCUUGGCUUUGAUAGAUUGCUGUAUAAGAAAACCGAAAUUGGAGUUUCUAUAUCAACUUUCUAUUGAAUACUCUGAUGAAAAUGGACAAGUUGUUUUGCUGGAGAUACCUGAUAUGGUGAAUACCUGCAAGGGUUUGCCCAUCUCGGAGGUAGUGAAGGCGAUAUGUGGACAUAUGAAAAAUCCCUCCGAAGCAGUUAAGAUGAGAAUUGCUCACAGAAUUCGUCUUGUAUCGGGAUUUAAGGAUCAAAAGUUACGUCUACAGUUUGUUCAAGCUAGACUUCAAGCUAUAUCUGUAUUGAUUUAUUCUAAUGCGUUACAAGAUAAUGUUGAGAAAAUUCUUUAUUCCGGAUUCGGGGAAGAACUAUGUGAACUAAUAGACAAAGAGGAUGUAUAUUUAGUUGAAAUCCGUGCUGCCGUACUUAGAACUUUAACUUCUAUGCUACACUUCGAUCGAAAUCCUAAUGUACCAAGACCAGGCUCUCGGUUGUCAAAAAUUAUUCAAUACACUGGAGCCGAACGCCAGGGCGGAAUUUUACCACUUUUGGUUCGCGAUUGUAUAACAAGUUUAACCCACGAAGGGAUUUGUGAAAAAUAUCCAUUGGUUUUAGCAACUUCCUUGUUCAGCUUGCUAUAUCAUUUAGCAAGUUAUGAAGCAGGUGGUCAUGCUCUAGUGAAAAGUGGUAUGAUGAAGUCAUUGCUGCAAGUCAUUAAUUGGCCUGGGGUCGAUCUAGAGCACAUCACUUUCGUGACACGAGCUGUUCGUGUGAUAGAUUUAAUAACCAAUAUUGAUAUAAGCAAAUUCCAUCAAAGCAAUGGCUUAAAUAUAUUUAUUGAUCGCAUGGAGAAGGAAAUUAACUGCUGCAGGGAGGCUCUAGUGAAUUUGGAAGGAAAAACUGAUUCUGUGGAUAAUAUCGAGCAAAUGACAAAUGAUAUAUUUUCAGAACAAGGAAAUGGAGACAAUGCACAACCUGAAACAUUCGAAGAUAAUACAGUUUGCAUGAGAAGAAGUGAACUGCAAGGGGGAUCAAGAAUUGAUAAUAGAAUAUCGAAUGAAACAUUUUCGGCACAAUUAUCUGUAAAUGAACUGGAUGGUAAAAAACUGGCAUGUGUCACUCAAAGAGCAGCUUUAUUGAAAUCUAUGCUCAAUUUUCUAAAAAAGUCUAUUCAAGAUCAUGCACAUUUUAACGGUAUGCGUAAUAUAAUGGAAAGUUCGUUGCCAAAAUCGUUGCAGCAUAUAAUUUCGAAUGCAGAAUAUUACGGUCCGUCAUUAUUUUUACUAGCUACUGAUGUGGUUACAGUAUAUGUUUUCAAUGAACCAUCAUUAUUAUCAUCUUUACAAGAAACUGGAUUAACAAAUGUAAUUCUUCGCUCAUUGUUACAAAAAGAAGUCCCUGCAACAAGAGAGAUAUUGGGUUCGUUGCCAAAUAUAUUUUCAGCUCUUUGUCUAAAUGAACGUGGACUAAUGGAAUUUAUGUCCUAUGAUCCUUUUGAUAAGUUCUUGAGAGUAUUGCUUUCGCCAGAUUACUUAGUAGCUAUGCGUAGGCGCCGAUCAUCCGACCCAUUAGGUGAUACAUCAACGAAUUUAGGUAAUGCAAUGGACGACCUUAUGAAACACCAUCCUUAUUUACGCACAGAUGCGAUCGAGGCCAUCGUACGUUUACUUCAUGAACUGGUUCGAUUUGGAUCUGACUCAAAAUAUAUAUGCUGGCGUGCUCACAAAGACAACAGUAGUUCUGUUGCUAGCACAAUCAAUCCGAGCAACCAACAAAGCGCCAAUACUGAUGGCACACUCGAAAUAAGAUGUAAUGAAAAUGAUAGCAGUGGUGAAGAUGAUGAAGAUGAUGAUGAAAUGUCAUCUGCCUCCCAACAACAACAAAGGCAAAAUAGAGCAACAAUAGAACAGCAAGUGCAAGUCCGGUCAAAUCAUGAGCGGGAAGCAAUACCUUUAAUCGAUUACAUAUUAAACGUUAUGAAAUUUAUUGACGCAAUAUUCAGUAAUAGCUCAAAUGGGGAUCACUGUCGGGAAUUUGUGGUGCAUGGGGGCUUACAACCUCUACUUCGUUUGCUUUCAUUGGCAAAUUUACCAAUUGACUCACCGGUAUCCACAACAGCGCAGGCCGUUGCUAAUGUGUGUAAAUCUAUUUUGAAUUUGGCUCAUGAGACGACAGUAAUAGAUAUAGCUCUUGAAGAACUAUCAAAAAUAAUAGAUAAUCUAAAACCGCUUAUUCUAAAUUUCAAUUUUCCUGGGGGAAGCAUACUUUUACAUGAAUUAAUUGCUUGUCCAAAAUUAGAUGACGGAUUUUCGACCGCUGAUUACACCCCACUUCUACAUAAUAUGAGUUCCGUUCAUGGAUACGUAGUUCUUUUGGUUCAUUUAUGCCGAAAUGCCUCUAGCGAUAUGCGGGUAACUUUACUAAGCCGUUGGGGAAAAAAUUCUGGCACUGGCUUACAACUAUUGCAAAGCCUGGUUAGGCUUUAUAUAUCAUUGGUAUGGGAGAGUACCAUUUUGUUAAGUCUUUGCUCUGAUGAAAUGUCAGAAUCUGGAUUAUAUGAAGCAUCACUUACUGAACAAACAAGCGAUGCUGAAAAAGAGGAAUCAACGCCGAAAAUGGAAAAAUUAAGUUCGAUUAAAUCUAAAAUGAAGGCUGAUGAUCAACUUCGAUAUAUAAAGUCAUUGCUAGCAGCCUCUUCCCGUUUAGGGCGUGCGCUAGCAGAGCUUUUUGGAACCUUGGUGAAGCUCUCCGUUGGUACACCACAAGCCCGACAGAGACGAAGUAAUGAUUAUUCAGCAACCAGUACAAACAAUAAGAUUCCCACUGCUGACGCCAAGGAAAUCGCCCGUGUACUUAGUUCUAUUCUAGUAAAUGGAUUCAGCCAUGAAGAUAACGUAUCGAAACCAGCGCCAAAGCUGAAGCUUACUUUCCUCAUAUGCUCUGUGGGCUUUACUGGACCGAUGCUUUUUGAUGACAAACGCAGUUGUUUCCACUUAAUGAUCUCACAAUUUUGUGAAGAAAAUGGUUUAAGGGCAUUUUUUGAUAUGUUUUAUUGGGCAUUAUCGCUAGAUAACAACCCAAAUUCAUUUGGAUUUGCCCAUUGCUUAGAGUUGGGGAAUAUUCUGCAAAAUGCCCCAAGUGAUACUAACGAAUAUCCUGUGGGAACUGGAGAAUUCAUAGAUGCAUGGUUGCAGUUGCUUGAAAAAAUGGUAAAUCCACGAGGGAUUCUUGACUCGCCCUAUACUUUGUCUGCAAAAGGUGCUCAUAAUUCCGAAACGAUUGAUUUUGAGCCUAUAUUUUAUUUAAUACAAAUGCAUCAACUGGCUAUGCAUGUUGUUAGGCGGAUCUGGAAGCGUAAACCUAUUCCGAAUUAUGGCGUAUCUAUAACUGAAACUAUUAUGGCAAUAUUAAAGCAUAUAAUCAAGUCGUACAAUAUGAUAUGCAGUCGUUAUAAAUCGCGUAUAGACGAGAUUCAAAAUGCUGAUAAAUUACUUGAACAACGAAAGAAAUCUACAAAAUCUUCAGAUGAAGCAUAUUUAAAUGCUAGUCAUUUUAAAGUACUGACUGAUAUGGGUUUUGGACAACAACACGUCUUGGAUGCUCUGAGAAGCACUCGCUCACUGGAGCAAGCAACAGAAUUUCUGCUUAACCAUUUAGAAGCAACCGUUACUGAAACUCAAACUAUUGAAAGUAUUUCAAUGCCACAAUCUCAGUCUUCUGGCGCUGACAUGGAUAUUGACGUUGACUCGGCCUCAACUUCGGGAUCAAAUACUAACAGAAUUAAUGUAACAAAAGUAAACUCAAAAUGUAAGCAAUAUGGUAGUUUUCGCGAUGUUGGACUUUUACCAAGUGAUAUAUUUAAUCAGUUUUGUAAUGAAGUAUUUGAGAGAGUAUUUGCUUUUAUGGAAUAUUUGCCCGAAACCGUUAACACUGGCACACAGCUUUUGUCUGCACUAUAUCGGCAAAAUAAUCAACAAAAUAAACGCGAGUUUAUGAUGAAUCUUGUAAAAGGUGUUACUGAGUGCAUGGAUGAAAUAAUUAACAUCAUAAGAAAUGAGAAGGUUACAAAUACAUCUCAACUAGAAAAUAUUUUCUUCGGAGAAAUUUCGACGAAACUUUUAAUACGUCUCAAAGUAUCUACAAUACUUUUAGAUGAAAAUUAUAGUGAUAUUCGUAGAGAGUUUUGCGCUAUUGUCUCACAAGAAAAAUCUAUGCAUGUUAUGGUAAAUUUACUAUACGAGACUGAAGCUUUACUUAAGGAACAGACAUUGGUUGGUGUCAAACCACAAGCUCCUCAAUGGUUGCAAAAUUUCAUAGAAUUUAUUGAUGCCAUUGAUAACGUGUCUAUAAUAUUACAGCGACGGGAAAAUAUGCGUGCUGUAUGCAGUGAUAAAUGGAGGUGGUAUGAUGUGUCGACGGGUAAAUGGAAUUCAUAUACCGAAUCGAAUAAUAAUUUGAUUAAAAAUGCGUUUGCACUGGGAGAAAAAUCUCAAGCGAUAAAUAUAGGACGACAACGAUAUACAGUUAAUUUCAAUUGUAUGACACAAGUAAGUGAAGCAUCAGGAAGUCAUAGACCUGUAUUGCCAGAUUUAAAAAUAUCAGAAGCUAUUUGCUCACUUAAAAAUGGUAAUGCCAAUACAAAAACGGAAAGCAUUCUUACUCGCUGCAUAAGAUCUAAAAAUGGUGGCGAAGGCGUCAUUUAUAAAGAUGAACUAGUUUGCCUUCGUUCCCUAACUAAUUUGUCAUAUUGUAAAAAAGAUUCCGAACCAGAGAAAAGUGUUGACCAUACCAACGAAACCGACCUUCAACCAACGUCGGUUGCCUCAUUGGAAGAAGGGCAAAGAAAAAUAAAAUUAAAAAAUACCGCAAAAAUAUCUUCCAAAAAGGGUCCAGCAGGGUUUUCAAAACAUAGCAAAAAGAUUAUAUUGCACGAAGAAUUGGUUGGAUUAUCUCGCGAAAAUUGUACUGACAUAAUAGCCUGCCUUGUUCACUUACUUAGACCGGAAUUAAUGGUGGAUUUCGAAACCAAACUAUCUAUUAUGAAACUUUGUGCACGUUUAACAAAAGAUUAUGAAAAUGCGAAAGCUUUCGUUAAGAAUGGUGGAGUAUCACUACUGCUUAAGAUGCGUCAAACUUGCGGAAUGAUGGGAUUUCCUACGUACGCCAUUGUUAUAAUUCGUCAUGUUCUUGAAGCCCCGUCAGUUUUACAAGAAGCCAUUGAAAGGAUUUUGGUUGCCCGUUCAUCGGCUACCGUCCCAGUUGGGCAUCGUGAUCUUGUGUAUUUAUUCACACAAGUAUCUUCAGCGGUAGCGAGACAUCCUACUAUAUUCCUUACCGCUGCCAAACAGUCAUUGCAAGCAGACAAUGCAAUGAGCUCGAACUUCCCUAUGGAUGAAUCAAGGUUUCUCGUGAAAUCUCAAGCACAUAAUAAAUCGAUUGAUACUUUCCCUAGCACUUUUCCAAAACCAAACGAAGAAUCAUCGGAAGAAACUGUGAAGGAGCUAUUACGAGCAAUAGUACAGCCUUGCAUUCAUUAUGGUGGGGUAUCUACAACGGAAGAUCAGGAUGACUGCAUGACAAAGAUGCAGGAGUCUCCUUCAGUACAAUUAGAUAAAUCUCAGCUGAAACCAUCUUCAUCAAAAAAAUGUACGGAUAGCGUCGACAUAAAUCCAUGUUGCUGUAGUUGGCAUAUUCCAUCUACAAGUCACACACAUCAAAAACCUAUACUUCCGCGAUCGACUUUAUUAAAAAUAUUAGCUGACGCAGUGAGAUCCUAUCAGAGCUUAGUUCCAAAAAUUAUUGUAGAAUAUACAUACACACCGACGGAUAGUCCUUUAAUCACAAAAUCGCAGUCAUGUGUUUCUUUUAUUCUUGAUAAUUUUCUGCCAAUCACUAAGCGUCAACAGGAUCCGGAAGUGAGUAUGAUGUCAAGAGUUCUUCUAUCGUCACUAUCAGAUUGUGCGAGCCAACCACCGGUCCAGUCUAAGUUGGUCGAAGAGGUACACGAAGCAAUAGUGCGUACUCUGACCGAGCCUAAUUAUACGGAAAAACAUAUUCGUUUACAAGUUCUGAUUGGCUUGAUACCCAUAAUGAUUGAGAGCCCAAUGCUUUCUAAUAAGGUGCAUUUACAACGCAAUAAUAUGUACAGAAUUUUAUUGCGACACGGAGUAAUGACUGAUUUAGCAAAGCUUGCACAAUAUAAAGACUUGUCGAAUUCUAAUACAUUGACCACAUUUCAUUCAACUUUACGUCCAAUGGAAAUCUUAUUAAGGCUUACUAUAACUCCUGGAACUUUAUCUUCAAGGAGAAUAUUUUUCGGAACGCCACCGAAUGGUGGCAAUGCAGUUGUGAAUCGUCGACUAUAUCCGAGACUAACAUCACGCACCGCCAACGAUAGCUCUGGAUCUGUCGGUAGUGAACAUGUUCUUCGUGAUAUUAUUAGAAACGUUCUGUCUGACCGUAGACAGGCAUUUGAUUUCAUUUUAAACGGUGAAGACAUAUUUUUAGACUCCGAAGAUCCAACCAACUCUAUGGCAACUGGUCAUGAGGAAACUGAAGAUAGUGACCGUGAAUCACAUCUUCUGACUUCAACAAAUUUACGACCUCAAAUCAAUUUUGAUCAACUUUGGGAUGAUCUUUUGCAAAAUGGAAAUGUAGCAUUUUUAGGUCGUAGUUCUGAUUCAAAUAAUGGACCUUCUGAUGGUAAUAGAAUGGAUACAAGAAUUAACCGAUCUGAUGCGAACCAAGCUGGAAACACUGAAGGUGGGGUUAGUGGUGGUAGUGAUGGUGCAUCAACUUCAUCAGAACUUGUUGCAGCAGUUGUAGACAAUUCAACAUCCUUGCUGGGUGAAGUUAGUACAAGUGAAUCUGAAUCUGAUUCAAAUGCUUCUACAGAAAAUGAACGAAAUGAUGAGGAUGAAGAUGAGGACGAUGAUGAAGAUGGUAAUGAAGAAGACGUAGAAGACCAUAGUGAAACAGAUGCAGACGAAGAAACCCGCCAGUUUAUUGAAGUUUUCGACCACAUUUAUGAACCAGAAUCUUCGGAAACAGCUUCAAAUGAUGCUGAUGAUGAAGCAUCGGAAGUUAGUGGCAGAAGUGGCGAACAAGCAGUUAAUGGAUCGGAUGCCGAUGACGAAACUUCAGAAGUUAGUGGUAGAAGCGGAGAACAAGUGGUCAAUGUUAGUAAUAUUCUUAAUGUAGAAAAUAGAAUAUUGAAUUCUCUUGAAAGUCGAGAACCUCGUGUAGGACGUCAAAAUGAUAUUUUGUUAUCAGAACCCGUUUCACGAGGUAGUGGUCAAUUAUCAGCAGGUGCUCCCAACAACUUAGUUACCCCAUCUUUUGCUGAAAAUAAUGUAACAAAUAGAGAAGAAAGUUCAGUUCGCACAAAUCCCUCAUCUGUUUGGGUUGCACCAAGGCUUGGUUCAAUACGGGGAGAUACAAAUUAUACAAUGAAUACUGAAUUAAGAAGCAUUUCCACAACAAAUCAGGAGCGUAAUCAAACUAAUACGACGGUAUAUGUUGGUUCAGUAAAUAACGUCAAUCAGACUACGUCUAUCGGAGGUUUUAUACAAAGGCGAGAAUCUACUAGGCGUUUAAUUUUGUUAGAUCAGCAAUAUUGUACGUUAAUGCCAUCGUUUAAUAAUCCGACUGAAGAAGGGCAACUUGAUAUAUUUAAUCAAGAUAGCUUACAUUGGUGGCUUGAAGAAGCAAAACAUCUUGAUUUGGAAUCUCAAACAGAUGCAUGUUUAUAUGUUGCACAUCUUUUAAUACCGUUUUUAAUUAGAUCAUUCAAAGACGCCCAAAGAGCGAAAACAACAGAACAGCCAGUUUCUACCACAACUUACAAUUCUCCUAAUCGUCGGAGUGCCAUACCUGUAUUUAUUCAACAAUCAACUAAUUCGAGUAGUGGACCUAGUAACACGUCGUCUGCUAAUGAAACAACUACAGAAAGAAAUGAAAAUACUGCUUUAUCCACGGACGUACCAGACAUACAAGAUCAACAUGAUCAAAUAUCAAAUGAUGAUGUAGGCGAACUUGAAUAUUCGAGUGAAGAAGAAAAUCCAACUAUCUUAGUAACGAAUGAGGAUGAAAAUAUACAGGAUGUCGAAGACGAUUUCGAAGGCAGACAAGAUGAAGGUAAUGCCAAUUUGAAUCCAACUGUUUUGAGCGAAGAUGUUAACUCGGCUUUUGAUACUCAACUUGGCGAUGAAAUGCCAUCUGAGUUGGAUCAACAAACUUCAGAAAAUAUGGACAAUUUAGUUUCCCAAGCAUCGGAACUUUUUUCUGCUAUUGAAUCAGUUGACAUAUCUUCUGAUAAUAUUGUAUUGGAAGAUAUUGAAGAUGUUGCUGUUUCAAAUCGAGAGGUCGAUGUUCCAUCCAUCGAAGAACAGUCAACUGAUGAUCCCUCCACUGCAACGUCGAGCAUAGCUCCUCCUUCCGCAAUGAAUGCAGAGGUCCGAGCAGCGCUGGGGGAUUUACAAGUACCAGAGGGUGUGGAUCCCUCAUUUUUAGCCGCAUUGCCAGCUGAAAUGCGAGAAGAAGUUAUAAAUGAGCAUUUGAGGAUGCAACGCAUACGUCAAAGAGCACAACAGAAUGCAAUUCAAGUUGCCCACGAUUCGUUAAUUGAAGUUAACCCAGAAUUUUUAGCUGCUUUACCACCAAAUAUUCAAACAGAGGUUUUAAUGCAACAAAGAAUCGAGCAACAACGUCAAGCUGCUUCGACAGCAAAUCCUGACGACCCCGUUGAUACAGCGGCUUUCUUCCAAAACUUACCAGAAUCUUUAAGGCAAGCAAUUCUUACGGACAUGGAAGAAUCACAAAUUGCCAGUUUACCCCCAGAUCUUGCCGCGGAAGCCCAAUAUUUACGGCGUGAUUGGGAAAGUAGAAACGGUCCUAAUGUUGAUACACCACACGUACUCCGACGUUUCCCAUCCUCUUUACAAAACCUCACCGAUGAUUCGAGAUGGCAUUCUAACUCGAUAUGGUAUGAAGCGCAUGGUGCUCAGCAAGCUCAACAUCACCAGCAUACGACAAUAGUACAUCAACAUCAGCAACAGAUACAUGGCAAGCCUAUUGCACUGCUUUUCAUGGAGGAUGAUAAUAAUAUGCUGGAUCCAGAUUGUCUGGCAACUAUACUGCUCUUUUUAUUUACCGAAGACACAAAAAUUAAUUACACUCGGUUUCAUCGCGUAAUACGAAACUUAUGCUAUCAUGCCUCGACAAGGUCUUGGAUUAUAAAUGCUUUGAUAAGUAUUAUACAAAAAACGAGCGAAGAGAAAGCACCAGAUUCUGAGCUAUCUAUUGUCAAGCCACAUUGGUUGAAUCUAAGAGUAGAUGCAGCUUUUGGUUACAAGUCGAAUGUAUUUAUAAUAAAUGAAAUACAACACAAAAGCAUUGAUCAUACUUCGGCUUCUACCUAUAACAUAAGUAUAAAUCCGCAAGCAGCACAAAUGGUAGUCAAAAAUUGCUUAGAUUUGCUGUUUGUAUUAGCAAGACACUUUCCUAGAAGUUUCGUGCCAUUUAAGCACGAUCAGAAGAAAAAACCUGAGCCAGCUACCGAAUCAAAUGAAAACUGCAGAAAUGCGUCAGGAUCCAGUGGAAUCAGUUCCGGAAAUAUAACAGAAGCGGAUAGAGAUGUUCCAAUAAUAGAAUCGAACUUGCAACGCAACUGUUUUUCGAAUGUUGGUAAGCCUGCUCAAAAGACUUCUGAUAUAAAACUAGAUGAAGGUCCAUCAACAUCAAAGGCAGCAGCCAAUCGCGGACAAAAAAAUAGCUCAACUGGAGCAAAAAGUAAACAUGGCAAGAAAAUUUCAUAUAACACCAAUAGUAAACAGUUUUGGGAUGUUCUUUUAAAAAUCGAUUUGCAUACUCCGCAGCGGCUCAUGAACAUGCAGGAUUUCCCACUUAUAUCUUAUCCACGAUGGGAGUGGGAGGAACCAAAUCAGGAUUUUCAAUCAUUUAAUGAUACACCAUUUUCAAAACUACUAGAAAUGCUACCAUACAAAGUGAUAUGUCGAUCUCCACAACUCACUGACAUGCUUGUUAAAUUGUUAGCUUCUCUUAGUAGUGAACUUCCAAAGGAAAGUGACUUAGAAGAAAACAAGUUGAGUCAUAAAACCUUUGAAGUUGAUGAAAGUUAUAAUGGCAUAGUAACUAAUGUUGAAUCAAAACCAAAGGAGGAAUCACCUGCCAGUACCGAAGCAAAGCAAUAUUGUGCUGGCUAUCGUGUGAAAAACAAAUUAUAUUCGAAAAACUUCUCACAAUUGCAGUUGGUAACUGAAGUAUUAACACAUCAAUGUGGAACCGUUGACGGACUUGAUAACAUAUCUAAACUUAUUGUUAACUUAAGUCAGUGUUCCCAAGCAUCGAAUGCUAUGUUUAUGGAGUACUUGUGUUCAGCAGUAUUCGGUUUAGCAAAAGAAGUUCGUUUGGCCAUACAAAACUUACUUGAUGAGAUUCGAUCCUACAAAGUUCAUAAUAAACUCGAAAAAGACACAAAAUGUGAUGCAACCCACAGCAAAGUUGUACUCGAGGGAGUUAUGCAAAACCGUUUUACGUCAGAAAAUGUUAUUAUUUCGGCCCCAAGCAAAUUUAAACCUUCAUGUGAACUGCAACUACCGUCAAUCAAAAAAUUGCUUUCACCUUCAUCAGCUCAAUUAUACUUUUUAAAAACGCUUAAAAUAUUCAUACAAGUUCGCGAGAUUUUUUAUUCCGAAGACUCUAUAGUCAUGGAUUGUACGAACAAAAUGCCUACUCUUAGUCAAAUAAUAUCUCUACAAGAUCUCUGGAAUACUCUGAGUGAAUGUUUAAUAGCUUUGGAGGAGUCAAAGGACGAGUAUGCCGUACUUGUAUUGCAACCAACAGUGGAAGCAUUUUUCUUAAUUCAUGCCACGAACAAGAAAAAUGAAAAUAAAACAGGAUCUAAUUCCGAAUCACCAGGUCCUAUAUUAGACGCAAUAGAUGAAACUAAUGUCAAUACCCGCCCGGCUGCUUUAAGUGUAAAUAGCAGUGAUAAUACGGAUACAACUGAAAUACAAUCGAUUUCUACAAGAGCAUCGGAAUCUGCAGACACUAUACGCAAAUGGAGCAUGCGCGCAAACCCACCAGAAGUGCAGCAAAAAUUAGACAAGGAAAACUUUCUACUUUUUGCAGAAAAACAUCGAACAGUACUUAAUCAGAUACUUCGUCAAUCUCCAAUUCAUUUAUCGGAUGGGCCAUUUGCUGUUUUGGUGGAUCACACUCGUAUUCUUGAUUUUGAUGUGAAAAGGAAAUAUUUCCAGACUGAGCUCGAGCGAAUUGAUGAAGGUGUACGUCGUGAAGAAAACACUGUUAGUGUACGCCGUGUCACCGUGUUUGAAGACUCGUUCCGAGUGUUGUAUCGUUUAGGGCCCGAAGAAUGGAAAAAUCGCUUUUACAUAGUUUUUGAAGAUGAAGAAGGUCAGGAUGCGGGUGGUCUACUAAGGGAGUGGUACGUCAUUAUCUCAAGGGAAAUUUUCAAUCCUAUGUACGCUCUAUUUUGCGUCUCACCAGGAGAUAGAGUGACUUAUAUGAUAAAUCCGUCAAGUCAUGCUAAUCCUAACCAUUUGAGUUAUUUCAAAUUCGUUGGCCGUGUAAUAGCAAAGGCAAUACAUGAUAACAAGUUACUUGAGUGUUAUUUUACUCGGUCGUUUUAUAAACAUAUUCUCGGAAAGCAAGUGAAAUACACCGACAUGGAGUCUCAAGAUUACGAAUUUUAUAAGGGACUAGAUUAUCUAAUGAAGAACGAUAUAUCGACUCUAGGUUACGAGCUAACAUUUUCUACUGAAAUACAGGAAUUCGGUGUUACUCAGGUGCGAGAUCUCAUUCCGAAUGGUCGUAAUAUUGCAGUAAAUGAAGAAAACAAAUUUGAUUAUGUCCAGCUAGUUUGUCAACUUAAAAUGAGCGGUUCAAUUCGUCAACAAUUGGAUGCAUUCCUCGAAGGAUUUUAUGAUAUUAUACCGAAACAUUUAAUUUCAAUAUUCAAUGAGCAGGAACUAGAACUACUUAUAUCUGGUUUGCCUGAUAUCGAUAUUGAAGACCUUAGAGCAAACACAGAAUACCAUAAAUAUACUUCGAAAUCAUUGCAGAUACAAUGGUUCUGGAGAGCUUUGCGCAGUUUUGAUCAAGCUGAUAGAGCUAAAUUUUUGCAAUUUGUUACUGGAACGUCAAAAGUACCCCUGCAAGGAUUUGGGUCUUUAGAAGGCAUGAACGGUAUUCAGAGGUUCCAGAUUCAUCGUGAUGAUCGAUCAACUGAUAGAUUGCCAUGUGCGCAUACUUGUUUUAAUCAGUUGGACUUGCCAAUGUACAAGUCGUAUGAGAAAUUACGCAGCAGUCUUCUUAAAGCGAUUCACGAGUGUUCGGAAGGAUUUGGUUUUGCUUAAACUCCUAAUAUUUAAACUUAAUAAAAUAUCAUGUUUCAUUAUAACAUUUUGUCGGCUGGUACAUGAAUUCAGAACGUGACUUAAAUUUAUGUACCGUUAAAAUGAUUCCAAAUAAAGAUCGGAAGAUGUUCGUAAAAUUACCCUGUAAA